GACAUUUUUCGAUGUAUCAAUAGAAAAGUUUGUUGUAGUUAAAAAAUUGAACCGCAGGUACGGAAUGUCUUUCUUCCUGCACUGGCGGCUUUUGUCGACUGUUUGCGAUUGUCAAUUGUUUAUGUCGCCGUUCUCGUCUUCGACGCUUACACUGCAGUGCACGAUUUGAUUCCGUACGAGACAAAUCGAGCUAUUGUUGCAUGAUGGCCCAGUUCUCCGCGAGAGAAUACACCGAUAUGGUGAUAACGUAUGGGAUGGCGGGUGAAAACGGAAAUACCGCGGUACGUCUUUACGCGGAAAGAUUUCCUGACCGUGUACAUCCGUCGUACGUAACACUUACGCGCUGUAUCCAGCGAUUACGGGAAACCGGAUCCGUCGUUCCAAAUCGCGUACGACCCGGUGCAGUAAUGCGUCACGACGUUCGUACAGAAGAACGGAUUUUACGGGAAUUCGAACGAAAUCCCAGAAACAGCGUGCAUCGCGUUGCUGGUGCACUUGGAAUUUCCAACAGUUUGGUGCAUCGUACAUUACGGCGUAGUGGUCUAAGACCUUACCACUAUCAACGUGUGCAGCAACUUCUUCCCGGAGAUGCACAACCGCGCAUCUUCUUCUGUGAAGGUAUUUUCAUUACUCUUAUUUAACAUUUACAGUAUUUGUUGUGCAUUCGUGUUAAUUCUCAAUAAAAUGCAUGUAGGGUUCCUCGCGCAGUGUCGGCGGAAUAUUUCUUUCCCCGACCGCAUCCUGUGGACGGACGAGGCCACCUUCACACCGAACGGGGUGUUUAACUCUCACAACUUCGUACGUUGGGAAGAAGAAAAUCCGCACGCUGUUCGACAAGGCGCAUUUCAGCGCCGUUCGGCCAUAAAUGUUUGGGCCGGCAUGAUUGGAGAUCAAGUGAUCGGUCCGUACUUCCUUCCGCCCAGGCUAACCGGGCAAUUAUACGCAGAGUUCCUCGCAAAUCAACUUCCAGCUCUUCUUGAAGAUGUCCCUCUCGACGUACGGGCGGAGUUGAUUUUUCAACAUGAUGGAGCUCCUGCACAUUUUAGCAGGCAAGUACGGAAUCUUUUAGACGCGCGUUUUCCGGACAGGUGGAUGGGUCGAGGUGGCCCAAUCAUCUGGCCGGCACGGUCGCCUGAUUUAAAUGUACUCGAUUAUUUUGUAUGGGGGUACAUUAAAACUGCGAUAGAGGACCGGCGUGAUGGUACGGAACAAGAAGUUCGUGAAGCUAUUGUUGCGGCCUUCGAUACCAUCACGCCGGACAUGGCGCACCGUGCGACGCGCAAUAUUACUCGAAGAGCCGAAAUCUGUGUACGAGAAGUUGGACGGCACUUCGAACAAUUCUUACAUUAAUUAGUUAGAG